GUGCUGUUAUUUGUGCAUCAGCAUGGCGGUGGUGAUCCGUUUACAGGGACUCAGAACGACCGCAGGUUCUGAGGACAUUCGCAAUUUCUUCACUGGCCUAAAAAUCCCAGAUGGUGGGGUGCACAUUAUCGGUGGGCCGCUUGAGGAGGCUUUCAUCAUCUUCGCAUCAGAUGACCAUGCGAGGCGGGCGAUGACACGCUCUGGAGGGUGCAUCAGAGGCUCCCCGGUCCACCUCUUGCUGAGCAGCAAAGCUGAGAUGCAGCAUGUCCUUGAGGCAAGCGCAAAGAGAACUGAGAUGAGCAGAAAUAGGGUGUACAACGAGGGGUUCCGAAGGGCCGAAACAAACAUGGGCCCACCUAUUUUUGCUGAGAACCUGGUGGUUGAAGUACGAAGAACGGACCACUUGGAAAUGGAUGGCAUCACUGGCCCAGAGGAUAUGCGUGUUCACCAAACAAGAAAGACUUUGGCGAGUGGAAACGAUGGUUUCUACCUGCACUUGCAAGGUUUGCCAUUUUCCAUAUCCAGGGAAGACGUGAGAGUUUUUUUCAAAGGGUUGCUUGUUGAUGACAUCAUUCUCAUGAAAAAUCGGCGUGGCCAGAAUAACGGGAUGGGUAUAGUCAGAUUUGGAACUCUACAUGAUGCUUACGAGGGCCUGAAGCGGGACCGCGAGUACAUUGGAACUCGGUUUAUAGAAAUAAACUCCUGCUCAGAGAAGCAGUGGGUUGAAGCUGGGGGCAGCGUAGGACCUCACACGGGCAACGCUGCUGAGUUUCACAGGGAGUCCCCUCCGUCAUAUGUGGAAAAGAGGUACCCUCAACAACGCACAAGGUCAGUCUCACCAGUUAGGUACAGGUCACGGUCUUCUUCUCCAUCAGAAAAUGAAUACUGUGUUCUGAUGGAAAACCUCUCGUACUCGGUAGACAAGCGAGGCAUAAAAAGUUUCUUCCAUCCAGUGGAACUGAAGGAAGACCAGAUUCUUCAUCUGCAUGACAAAUACGGGAAAAGGACAAGGGCAGCUUUCGUGCUGUUCAGGAGUCUGAAAGACUACUGUGUUGGUUUGACCCGCCACAAAGAAGCCCUUGCCUCCCGAACAAUCUAUGUGUCUCCAAUUUCCAAAGAAAAAAUGGUGGCGAUGCUGGACUCCCCAGAACAGAAGAUGGAGAAGUCUCGUGAAAAGCCCAGCACAUCACUGGACAGGCCCCAACGCUCACAAAGGCCAAAGUAUGAAUCGGAAAGGGUCUGCAUCUAUGUCCGUAACCUACCUUUUGAUGUACGCAAGGUUGAGAUCAUGGAUUUCUUCCAAGGUUAUCGGUUAUCGGAGGACAUGGUUCACCUGCUGCGUGACGAAAAGGGGGCUGGGCUUGGUGAGGCUUUGGUGACAUUUCAUUCGGAGGAGGAGGCACAGAGGGCUGAGUCUCUGCAUGGGCAGAUGUUCCUUGGGUCUGAGGUGAUGUUGAAAUGCAUCUCCAGGAUGCAAAUGCAGGAGUUUGGUGUCACAGAACAUCCAAGGAAGAGUGCAGAGCAUCCACUGAGGAUGAGGAGCCCAGAAGGUUAUUCUACCAGACACAGGGAAGCGUCUAACUUUCCACUUGGUGAAGAAUAUCCAGACAUUGGAAUCCCCAGUGAUGUCCACAUGCCUCUAAGAAACUUGCCUGUUCGCUCUCAUGGGAGUAGCAGUAGGUUCAAUUCACGCAAGGAUGGCCGUGACACGUUUGUUGAUCGAGAGGGUGGGUCUGCGCAAAGAGGGCUUGGUAACCAAUUUGACGGUCCUGCUUGUCUGAAGCUGAUUAAUCUCCCAUUGAAUAUCACCAUUGAUGAGAUCUAUGACUUCUGCUAUGGAUACAGAGUGAUUCCAGGCUCUGUCUCAUUGCAGUACCACAAGAAUGGGACUCCUAAAGGAUGUGCAACUGUAGUCUUUGAAUCACGCCAAGAAGCACAGACGGCUAUUCAGGAGCUAAGUGGAAGACCAAUUGGGACCAAAAAAAUUAAAUUGCUUUUUCUUUGAAUACAAGUGCAUUUGGCUUGGAGGAAGGAGCAGAACCCAUUUUGUGCAUCAUCACUCAGACACCCCAUACGUGCAGUCAGCCUUUGUGAAUAUUACAGAUGCUAGAAGAGCCAGGGUUCGUCUGAAGAUGACCUUUCUAACUGAAAUGUGUAGCUUUGAAGAGCUUGGAGGGCUACUGCAAAGAACAACUUACAAAGCUCGGUAAUAUGUUUGAGUAAGGAAUAAGUGUUCUCUUCCCAGCAAAUCAAUACUAAUUAAACUGCAUUACCCUACUAAUAAUUGAACACAGUCCUAAAGCUUCCACUGCAUACUUUCAGAAGAGAAAUGGAGCGUCCAGUAUACCACAGUGUCUUUCUAUGUAUAGGAUAAUGAGAAUGGCAACAGUUGUCAUUUGAACCAGAAGGUCAGUACACACUUAUGUGUUAGGUAUUUUGCUGCAGGGCCAUUCAUCUUGUAUUACAAAAUUCCUUUUUAAAAGUUCUGUAAAGUCCUAUACUGGUUCAGGACUGCAGAAGAAAGCUGUGCACUGCUUUAAAUCAUGAGCUUACCCACUCAACUCUGAAAUGGUCUUUCUUGGUCCCAGACAAGAGCACGCUGGGUUUUUUGAGUGUUUGUGCUAGUGUUCCCUGGGUUGGCAUGUCCAGGCAUGCUUUUAAUAAUGUUGGUCUUACACUUUUUGGAAAUGACCUGGUUUUUUUAGAAAUUUCAGAAGCUUAAUCUUCUGAAAUCUACUUUUUAAAGUUUCCUGAAGCAGGACAGUGAUCUAGUGUGUAGAUUUGUGCCUUGGAAAUUUGCUUUAAGAUUGACAAAAUUGGACUUGCGGCACUGGGUUGGUGUUGGUACUUUCGGCUAUUUCCUAAUUUUUGAUCAGGUGUUUAGAAAUGUUUGAACAUGUUAAUUUAGUAAAAUGCAGUUAAUGUGUCAUUUUAUUGGGCAGGUAUUUCCUGAACAGACGGGUCGUCAGGUUAAGCUGGAAGGUAGGGAGGGACUCAGCUGUCCUGAUUGAGGUGGGCAGGUUGUUCUGUCAUUGCGGAGCCAGUAGGGAGAAGAGUCGAGGCCCGGAGGCACGAUGACCAGGUUGCUGCAGGGAGGAGGGAGCAGGAUGCCUCAUGGCCGCCAUCUUCUCUGGAAAGGGUGAUAUAACAAUUUAGACUUUCUGAAACCAUUGUGUCACUGCCUUGCAUUAUAAAAAACUAUUUUUACCAUGUUUUGGCUAUUGGAAAUAGACAUAUUAUUGAAUUGAAUGCAUUUGGAUAAUACCCAAAGAUGAUCUCUGAAUGUAAGGGAAAGGAUGUCAUGUCUGACGUCCAUAUUAUUUGUGAGUCCAUAGCCAUGUGUCCCACAAACUCAGACGGCGAUAGGCCCAAGUCCCAUAAUUCUUGAGUUUAUUCUUAUUCUUAUCUUCCGGCAAGAUUUUGUGUUAAGUUUAAAGUUUAGGAGCUGUAUAAUGUGCAGUUGUCACAUUAACUGUAGGACAAUUUGAGAGCAUGUAUAUUAAGCUAUUUGUUUUGACAUAAGGUACUGACUAACAAAUAAGGAAUUAGCUAUUUUUUGCCUACGUUCCUUCCGGGCUUUGUUGGAAUGGUGUUGCCUUUUCCCAUUAUGAUUGUUUUAUGUACUUUGUAUCAGUCUAUUAUACCCGUCACCAUCAGUCUUUUCUUUCCUCAGUAGAGAAAUAUGCUGCUUAAAUAUGGUUUAUGCUGCUGCAGACCCCUCCCCUUUUAUGAGAACACGCCCAGAGCUUGAGUGACAAAGCCUGUGUUCACAUAGCAAGUUUAUAACUGUCAUCAUGAUAUCGUUUAGCCUAAGCCUGAUUGUGGUUGUUAGGUUUUGUCAAGCCAGCAAACAAAGAAACCCUGGGUAUGUUAUGCUUCCUUCAUAUACACCACUGUUCUGUUCAACUGAAAGUUUUGUAAGUCUGUACUACAGCUCUAAGUUUUUUCUUCAAACUCAUAAGGGUAAGCUGUCUGUCAAAUCUGGCAACACUUGCUAAGAGAGGGACUGGAAACUUACAUGGUCUACCAGCAGGUGGUGCUGUUCUAUUUUUUACUGAAAAAAUUAAACCGCAACAUACACCCGGUCACCAUUUCAAGACCUGUGAGCUGUGAAGAACUGUCAGUCUUGCAUUAUGCCAACAUUAUGAACAUUGAGAUGUUUUCCUUUCCUUUUCCUAUGGAGUGAACCCCGUUGAGCUAUUUCAGCAUUUGGUGUCUUGCAGGAAACACAUUUGUCUUACACCAACACUUUGCAUUCAGUAGGCCAGUGUUUGGGCUUAUUUUGUUUUACAAAUUGCAUAUAAUACAUUUUUUUUUUGUUGAUAUUUUUGUUUUCUUUAUAUGUUUACGUGAAUGUGAUCUUUGCAGCCAUGUUUGCUGCAGAAAAAACAUGGCCAAAGUAUUAAAGUUAAGCAUACAUUA